UUUCGCCAAUCUCUGUCCUGCGUCGCGUCGUCAGCCUCAGCCCUUUGGCUUCUGUCUGCUGUACUCCUUUUCCGUGCGCCCGCCCAGGCCAGGCCAGUUUGGCACUACCGCCCAGUUAGCCUGUCGUCUGUUGCUCACCUCACCUCACCCAACCCACUCUCCCAUUCCCACUCCCCCCCCUUCACCACCACCCCCCUGUCCGCCCUGGCGUCCAAUCACUGCCCUGAAACCCAAAUAGCAAUCCCAUCCCUGUCGCCCACGCACGCCGCCGCCAAAUUCUCAAGCCUGUCACUGUCAACCUGCACAUCCCGGGUCCCUACCUCUCUCACCACACGCUGUUCCCUUCCAACCUACAAAUACCUGCUGUCUGCCCCGUCCCGAGGCCCUCUUUUUUCGAAAUGACUACUGCCGCUCAACAAGAAUUCAACGAACUCGUUCGAGACAAGGACCAAGACUCUCGACACCCAGAAGAUAAACACAACGAUAGUGACCACUCUGAACCCGACGCUGACCCCGACACCUACUACGAGAUUGACACCGACGACGAGCUCGGUAUUCCCAAAGACAUGCGGUCCAACAACGCCAACUACGUUCUUCCCUCGAUCCGCUCCGAGGCCAACACUGGCCCCAAGGGUGUCAUCGCAGACGCACAUGCCUUCGAGAAGGCCAGGAAGCAGGCCCGCCGCUUCACCUGGUCAAAGAAGACUGCCCCCGAGAGCUACACCGUCACCGCCUACCACGAUGAGAAGCAAAAUUCCUCCGACGAGGACACCGAGGAGAGCUUCAUGCGCCAGUGGCGCGAGGCUCGUUUGAAGGAGCUCCAGACCGUCGGCCAACGGAUACGAUCGCGGACUACCAGCCCCAGCAGGAGAGUCUACGGCAACAUGCCCGCCGUUGACGGCGAGGGCUACCUCGAGGCUAUUGAGAAGGUUGCGCGCGACGUCACUGUGGUAGUCUUCAUCUACGACGACCAAUCCGAAGCAUCCACUGCUGUUGAGCAAUGCAUGUACGAAGUUGCAAGGCGAAACGACACCACUCGCUUCGUCAAGCUUCACUAUGAAGAUGCGGAGAUGGACAACGCUGGCGUUCCCGCCGUCCUCGCAUACAAGAACGGCGAGAAAUUCGCCCAGCUCGUGCCUGUGCUGGACGAGCUCCCAGAGGACUCAGUGCUGAGCGCCGUGAGCCUCGAAACUGCCUUCAGGCGGUAA